AUGACUGAAGUCAAGAAAGCCACUCUUUUAGUGACAUUGAAAAUAACCUUCAAGACAAUGUUUUACUUACUUACAGCUCUUGUGGUUUUCAAAACCACCUUUGUCAAUGUCUCAGCUCAGCAGCACUGGAAUUGUCCCAGGGGAUCUCAAAUGCAGCAUGAAAAUUCCACUUGUACAGAUCCUACACCAUUCCUAGUUUUCAGCCAAGGAAAUGCAGUUUUUAGAGUAGAUACAGAGGGGACCAAUCACAAGAGAGUGGUGACCCACACUGGCUUAUCAGCACUGAUAGAUUUCCAUUAUGAAGAUGGACAAGUUUAUUGGAUAGAUGCGCAAGAAGGUCUUCUCCAACGAGUACACCUGAACGGCUCAAAUCGGGAGAUAAUUUACUAUACAGGAAAAGAUAUCUCUGGAUUUGCUGUAGAUUGGAUAAACCAAGGCAUUUAUUUGGCUCACUACCAGAAGACCACCAUUGAGGCAAUAAGCUUGAAUGGAAACCAUUCCCGAAUCCUUUUCAAAGAUGAACAUCAUCCCACAAGCAUUGCAGUUGAUCCAGGCAAAAGUUUUUUAUUUUGGUCUUCCAUUGGUGAUGUUGGGUGCAUCUACAGAGCAGUCUUGAAUGGAAAAGAGGUAUGGAAUGUUUUGAGGAGUGUGGGGAAAAUCAAAGCUAUUGCACUGGAUUUUAUUGAUGAGAGGAUCUUCUGGAUUCAGUAUGCUAAUGAUGACACUUCCCACAUUGGAACCUGUGACUAUGAUGGUGGUUCUGUCCAUUUACUCAAGCAGGCUGUGAGAAAGCAACUCCAUGACAUAUAUAUCUUUGUGGAUGAUAUGUACUAUUCAGAAUCAAAUGGUACUAUCUGGAGAGCCAAUAAAUACACAGGAAAAGAUAUAGUUGCAAUUAGCCUGCAACCAUCAUUCCCCUCACCUACUGAGAUACUGGUAGUGCAUCCAUUAAAACAGUCCAACUUUAGAACAGACCAUAAAGCAUUUGAAGUAAGACCUUGUACUGCAAACAGAAGAAGCUGCAAGCACAGCUCCCGGACCAAUCGGUGCAAAUGUAGCAGAGGAUUUACCUUAAGUAAAAAAAGGCAACUUUGUGAAGAUGUCAACGAAUGUGCAUUGUGGAACCAUGGAUGUACUUUGGGCUGUGUCAACACCCCAGGCUCUUAUUAUUGUACAUGUCCAAGAAAUUUUGUUCUACUGCCUGACAAGAAAACUUGCCAUGAACUAAUUUCUUGUUCAAGCAAUUACCUUCACUGCAGUCAUGGCUGUGCUGAGACACCUGAUGGACCUAUUUGCACUUGUCCAGAAGGAUCACUUCUCCAACAAAAUGGAAAAACAUGCACAGGGCCCAAGCCAUUUCUGUUGUUUGCAAACAGCCGAGAUAUUCGGCGCAUUGAUUUUGAUGGAACCGAUUACUCAAGUUUACUUGGCUGGCAGAUGGGAGCAGUCUUAGCUCUGGACUAUGACCCUGUUGAAAAUAAGAUUUAUUUUGCCCACACAAUACUGAAGCGGAUAGAAAGAACUAAUCUCGAUGGCUCAGACUGUGAAAAAGUUAUCCAUGAUGCAAUGGAGAGACCCGAGGGGCUUGCUGUGGACUGGAUUAACCGUAAAUUGUAUUGGACUGACAAGGGGAUGUCCCACAUUGAAAUGAGUGAUCUAAAUGGAAUGCAGAGGAAAAUAAUCAUCCAAGAGGGUGUGUCUCAGCCUCAAGGGAUUGUUGUUCAUCCAUUUGCUGAGAGACUCUUUUGGACAGAAACAGGGAUCCAUUCUCAGAUUGAAAGUUCUUCCUUGCACGGCACCAGUCGUCUCGUUAUAGCCAAUUCAGGCUUAGUUUGGCCCAGUGGAAUAACAAUUGACUACCUAGCUGACAAGUUGUACUGGUGUGAUGCAAAACAGUCUGUUAUUGAAAUGGCAAACCUGGAUGGAUCGAACCGCCGAAUAUUCGCACGGAAAGAUGUAGGACAUCCAUUUGAUAUAACAGUAUUUGAGGGUGACAUUUGGUUCUCUGACUGGGCUAAGAAUUCAUUAAUGAGAGUGGACAAGAAGACUGGACAAAAUAGGGUACGUCUUGGAGGCAGCAUACUGAGGCCAUCCUCACUGGUGGUCAUCCAUCCCUUAGCUAAGCCAGGCCGUAUGUUUAUCCCCGAGGAGAGACUGUCAACUAACAAGACAUCAGCACUGGAAGUUAGAUACCAGCCUCGUUUAAGGAACAAUGCAUAUGGAGACAGCAGUGGAAAAGAUCUACAGAUGUUGACUGCAGAAAUUGUGGUGUCUGGCCAGGAUGGAUGUACAGAGCUGUACUGUGAUGUCAAUGCUGAGUGCAUUUUAAAUGAAAAUGGCGCCUCUUGUCUGUGUCGGACGGGGUUCACCAAGGAAGACAAAUUGUGCUAUGAUGUUGAUGAGUGUACUUUUAACCUGGACCACUGUGAUCGAAGUGUGUCAAAAUGUGUCAAUACUGAAGGCAGCUACAUUUGCCAGUGUUUCAUGGGAUAUGCUGAAGAUGGGCUUCAUUGUUCUGAACCUGUCAUACAACCAACUGUAGCAACCAGUGAGGAGUCCACUUUGUCUGCACAAGAUGGUACUGUUGGCUGCCCAUCAUCAUACUGUCUCCAUGAGGGAAUCUGUGUUUAUUUUUCCAGUCUGCAAGUUCAUGCAUGCCACUGUGCAAAAGGCUACUUGGGAGAGCGCUGUCAGUUCAGCGACUUGGAGUGGUGGGAACAGCAACAUGUGAAGCAAACCAAGAAGCGGAAUCUCACGACUGCUUUUAGCUCGGCUCUGUUACUCCUGGUCCUUCUCUUUGGAGCUGGAGCUGUCUACUGCUACAGUCGACAGCAGAGGUUUUGCAAGAAGGAUCCCUGUGCAGAAGUAAUGAAAGAUGCCAGAGGCAGCGGCGGCGCUGACAGGGAGAACACGAAGCCCACAAGCAACGAUCCAUUGUUAAUUGUUGUAGUGGAAUGUGAUGACCACAUCAAAGAGAGACCUGUUGAACUGAAAGACCAUGAGACAGAAGAUCUUGGCUAUCUCUGCCUCUCAGAACCAUCUUGAGCUACAGAAACCUUGACUCACCACUUCCUGAAAAAGAAACAAUCAGACAGGCCUCUCUCAGCGUCAGGCUCAAGUAGCCGGAAGAUCCAGUCUUGUAAAUCAGAUGGUGACUUUCAGCAGCUUCAAUGGCAUGCCUGCCCUAAGCCCCUUUUGGAAAAUAGCUUUCUCGGUCUCCAGUCCCAUGCAGUCAGCAAAUGCAGGCAGUUUAAAGACCCUUUCUGCUAAGCUGGACACUGGGAGGUCUAAUUAGGUAGGGGAAAUGUGUAAUCUCUGGAAACAGCAUUUAAAAGAACACGGAGGAGGCACACAGGCAAAUGCUAUGCUGCCCACUCGCACUGUACAUGCCGGAAGCACUGGGAAUAUUCUUGAUAUGAUCUCUCUGUGUUAAUACAUUCUUUAUACUACUUCAAAGGCUAGCUGCACUAACUUCAGCCAGCAGGUAAAUGGACACCAGAGAACACUAGCGGUUAUGAUUCAUUUGAAUUAUCCUCUGAAUUAUGUUAUUAUAACAAACAUCUGCAUAUAUAGUAUAGGAAAAACUAUGGCAGGGAGAGAAUACUGUAAUUAAGGGGUCUCCAACUUCUAGUCUGAAAUAAUCCAAAUAAAACAGCAUACUAUCCCAGAAUCUGAUGGGAUCUGGGAACUCAAUCUGGAGCCAUCAAGAAAUGAACACUGGAGCUUCUUCAGUGGCAGUUCAGUGUGUAUUCCUGCAGACCCUUUUUUGUUGUUGCAAGGGUGGCUUCUGAAAAAGGUUCUUACCAUUGGCCACCAUCAGGUACAACUUCAGUGACAAAAUUUCCUACAUCAGUGAUCGCUGGGAACAGGAGUUCUUGUCUCAGUCU